GAGCCACAUUCAAUUUUGUGGACAGUCGCCGUCUCGGACGGAUGCGGUAAAAUGUACGCGGGAACGUAAACUUGUUCGAAUUUCGAAAUUUUAACUUUUUAAUUUUAUAAGUGUGAAGAUGAGUCAAGGCAGAAGUGACGAUGGGGUUUUAUCCGCAAGAAAAGGCACAAAAAAUGUGUCAACAAAGAACUUUUCCAACCCUUCUUUAGAGAGUUACGAGCUGACAUUAGCAGAUAUAGUGUACAAAGAAAAUAAACCCAGUCGAACCAAAUUUGAUUCCCUGCAUCCCGAAGUGGAAGACAUCCUCGGCUCCAGCCAGUCACCGCGCCCGUGCACAUUGGUGUGGAGGGACCUUAGUGUGCACAUUAAAUUAAAAGACGAGAAGUUGAAGCGACUAGUUAAUAAUGUUAGUGGUAUUGCAAAACCCGGGACGCUGGUCGCCCUCAUGGGACCAAGCGGAGCCGGUAAAACUACGCUGAUGUCAGCCUUGGCACAUCGGAGCCCUGUGGGCACAGUGAUGGAAGGCGAGAUAGCCAUGAACGGAGUGCCAAUAGCAGACUUCAUGCAUCAAGAAAGCGGGUACAUGCACCAGGAUGAGCUGUUCGUCGACAACCUGACGGUGAUAGAGCACCUCACUAUCAUGGCCCGUCUCCGAAUGGACCGUUCUACUACGUCCCUGAUGCGCAAGCGACGGGUGAACCAGCUCCUUCGUCAACUAGCGUUGUAUGGAUCCAGGUAUACUCGAAUCGGAGGGCUCGACGGCCGCAAGACGCUUUCUGGAGGGGAGAGAAAACGACUGGCGUUUGCUACUGAGCUCUUAACAGACCCAGGCCUCCUCUUCUGCGACGAGCCCACCACCGGUCUAGACUCAUCAUCAGCUCAGAAGUUGAUGUCCUUGCUCCGAGCCAGCGCAGCGCAGGGCAAGACGGUCAUCUGCACCAUCCAUCAACCAUCAUCGGAGUUGAUGGCGCUAUUCGACAAGCUGGUGCUACUGGCCGAAGGCAGAGUAGCAUUUGCUGGGAAUGCGUCCGGAGCCCUUAGCUUUUUUGAAAGCCUAGGCUACCACUGCCCUUUGACGUACAACCCUACGGAUUACUUCAUCAAAGUGUUAGCCUUGACCCCAGGGUCGGAGUCAGCCUCGCGACAGGCCAUCAAGAGCAUCUGCGACCGGUUUGCCGUCAGCGAUGCUGCCAAGGAACUCGACAUGGAGAUACAUUUGGAGUUCCACCUGAUGGACCAUGAAGACGAGAACGUGAAACGAGACAAGAUGGACACUUUCAACCCACCGUUUUGCUUCACCAAGAUCAUGUGGCUGGUGUACCGAUACUCCCUGAUCAUCAUCAGGGAUCCUCGCGUGCAGUUCAUAAGGAUCCUGCAGAAAUUGGCUAUAGCUCUAACUGCCGGGCUCUGCUUCCUGGGCACGGCGCACCUCACGCAGUCAGGAGUGCAGGACGUCCAGGGGGCGCUGUUUAUCAUCAUAGCCGAGAACACCUUCAGCCCCAUGUACUCGGUCCUCCACAUGUUCCCGGAGGAAUUCCCACUCUUCCACCGGGAGUUGAAGGCGGGGCUGUAUUCUACACCAGUUUAUUACACUGCCAGGAUGUUAGCUUUGUUCCCGGGGCUAGUGGUGGAGCCCACACUGUUCACCCUCGUGGUUUACUUCAUUGCUGGUCUCCGGACAACGUUCUAUGCCUGUGGACUCACUGUCUUCCUUUCUAUUUUGGUGCUCAACGUUGCUAUUGCUUGCGGUUCAUUCUUCUCAUGCGCUUUCGGGUCCAUGCCUGUAGCCAUCGCCUACCUCGUGCCAUUUGACUACGCUCUCAUGAUGACGUCUGGCCUUUUCGUUAGAUUAAGUUCAAUACCGAAAUACAUAUCCUGGAUCCGCCAUUUGUCUUGGCUGAUGUAUUCCAACGAAGCCAUGAGCAUACUCCAGUGGGACGGAGUCCAGAAUAUCACAUGUAUGGAGACUUCACCAGGGAUACCUUGCCUUAGCAAUGGAGAUGAGGUCCUGAACAGGUACGACUUCGAAAGCGACCGUCUCUGGACUGACGUCAUAGCCCUCUUCGUUCUAUACCUUGCUUUCCACCUCCUAGCGUUACUCGCACUUCGCCACAGGACCAGGAGAAAAUAAUGCGUAUAAUCUGCACGCCAGGCGCUAGUUAAACUCUGCGCGCGUAUGAUAUCGCUGUAAUGUUCCAAUUCCAUUUUCAAAACAUGAAAUGUUGUUGUCCAAUGUAUAAAUACCAUUAUUGUUUCUUUCUUUUUUGUUGAUCUGUGGAAAUUACCGUUGGAAGAAUUAUACUGGCCACAAUAUGACGGGCCAUACAAUAAUUUGAAUAUGGAAUAUAUUAUCGAAUCAUCAAAUGUUAAAUUUUUCCUCGUAUUAUAUAACAUACUUACAUACUUCCAGUAAGUACUCGUAGUUAAAUGAUAUUCCCGGAUCAAGUUGAGUUCCUAUUUCAGUCGCGCGCAAUGUUAUCUGGCGUACUAACUCUUGUUUUUUGUUACGUUUCAUGGUGUCUAUAAAAUUUAUAUAUGGAGUGAUGUAUUGUAAAUAAAUGUAUACCUGC